CAAGAAUGUCGUUUCCGGUUUGGAGCCUGGUGUAGCGGAGAUGCCGGCUCCGUCUGUGCGCCAAGCGAGCGUGCUCGCAAGGCUCGUCCGAGAAGAGAGCUGGGAGGAUGCAGAACAUAUCAGGAAGGAGAUGCUCGAGUCAGGGAUGCAUAUUGAGCUCGACGCUGUAUACGCGAAAGCCGCCAUUCACGCCCUCUGUGAUCCUGCAGUUCCCAACCACAGACGCGCGGAGGCGUUCGCAACAUGGUUCGCCCUCAUACCUUUGGCGAAGGACAGUGAACUCGGCAUUGUUGUAGCCAUCCGUCGCGUCCUAUUUUAUGACCCAUCGUUUUCGCAAGUCGAUCUGGACGUGGUCAUGCGAUUCGCUCUCAUCUCCGCCUCCAAAGGAUACGCCGGCGUAGCAGCACCUAGUGUCAUCCCCUUCGUGUUCCGCUUCGCCCAUCCUUCGGUCAGCUCUGGUUUUCUCUUCGAUUUCAUUCGCGAGGAAGAGGGGUAUGUCACACGAUACAUUCGGGGACGCGUCGAAAUACCCUCUCUUGUCGUGAAGUCAAAACACCGGAAACUCAAGAAUUGGUACUCCAUGGCCAUACGCGCUCACUCCCUUGCGGGGCGGCCUGUCGAUGCAAAAGCUCUCCUGGAUCGAGCGGAGGCACGGAAUAUCAAGCUAGCGCAAUUCGCCUCCAUGCUCCUCGCCAGCGACCCCAAAAGAGGCCUCCCGGACGGACCGCCGCUGCCGGAGCCAACAACACCCUACGCAUCUAUGCAUCCGAUGGGAGCUGCUAUCAUGCAGAUGCGCAUCGCCCUAACAUCUUCGAUACCUCCUCUUCCCUCAGCCAUCGCAGACUUUUUGCAUGAAUACAGCGAAUUAUCGGGCCGCCCUCGCCCCUUGCGCAAGUUACGCGACCUUGCCCACCGCACCUCCAUCUCCGCGUUCUCCAAUUGGGUGCUCGGCGAGAUGCUGUAUCAUAAGCGACGGGGCGAGCACCACCUCGUUCUCGUCACCUUCAAGAACAGCUGUGCUCCUACUGUUGGAGCGCCACCGGGGUACCAGCAGCUGCUGAACAAAGUGCUGGCGGACAUAUGCUCUAGGGAUGGCAUUGAUGAACUCAAGGUGACAGGCGCUGCGCUCUCGACCUGGAUUCGGCAUGUGACAGCGUUGUGGCCUACAUCGGGCCAUACGGCGCUGGUUUGGCAGUCAUGCGUCGCCCUAAUACCUCGCGGAGAUCUUGAUCGCGUAUACCAGCUAUAUAAGGAGCUUUUAGAGGCCAUCGGAGCUGCGCGUGCCGGCGAAGCGGUUGCCCCCUCCCUGGAGUCGGAACCGCUACCUACGCCGAUGCAUAUUCCUCCCUCCCAUACCUUCGACGCAGCAUUCUUCCUGCCUUUCAUCGUUCGAUUUAGCCUUAUGCGACCUCACGUAGCUGCUCGUAUCAUCACAAACAUGAUCCAGAUGGAGAUCGAAGUCACCUCGCAAUGUUGGACGGCCCUCGCGACCGGUUACGCAAGGAGGGGCGAAUCGUCGCACGCACUCAAAUUGUUGGCGUGGCUGGAGGACAACGCCACGCGCCAGCAUGCUACCUCUUCAAACGGAGAUGGCAAAAACACAUCUGCAGGAGAGGAUACUCCUCCAGUCGCAACGCUUGUCACAUACACCGGGAUUCUGCAAGCACUCGCUUCUGCUGCUUACCGAGCGACAGAUAAGGCGUCCCUGCUAGCAGCGGCGAUCAAUGUCCGAGAUCGUCUUUUACAAGGCUUCGGCUAUGUGCCCGGCACCAAUCGUAAAACAGACGCAGCCUUAAAGGCGUUGAGGACGCUACAGUAUACACCGCUCAAUGAGCGUCGGCGCACGGGUUCUCUGAGAUUCCGACCCCAUGACCAUCGGUAGCGACGGCCUCGAUGCAUGGAAACGAAGUAUUCCUUCUAGCACUACCACGGUGUCGCAUCUCGCUCUCGGUGUCAAAGCUCCAUCAACCAUACGAGGCCAUAAAUUGACCGACUGGGACGAAAUCCCAAAUGCGAGAGGAUUCGCUGCCUCCCGAAUGUGAAGGCCGAUUUCGUGCAUAUCAUGCCAACCAUCAACACAGGCUAUGCACUACGGUAUGUCGAGCUACAACACGGAGUAGUCACGCCUGACGGGGCGGUAUACAUGCCACCAGGGCGGGUACAUACAAGGCAAACAUGACUUGCAUGUUGAUACAACCACAAGUAGUUACUCGGCUACGUACACGCUGUAGAGGAGCACGAGUGAAAGGAAUCAGCUACG